AUGCGCUUUUCAACAGAAAUUGCAAGUGCAAGUCAAAUUUUGCCGGCUACGAUUGUAGCAAGUGUAAAUACGGUUACCAUGGUGACGACUGAUACUCUACCGACAGUCAGCCGAUUGAUCGAACGAGUAUCGCGCGAGACCACGUUAUUGGUCGAUGUGUUGUAGGUGGAGUGUCGAUAGAGCAUCGGUCUCCAACAAUUUCGGUUUGUUUUCAGGUAUGUGGACAGUGAUUAUGUUGUGAGCAGGAGUUCCUACCAAGAAAUACAAGAAAGAACCCUUGCCAGCCAGGAUCCAACAAGUUUGUUUCACAAUGUCACGGUCUUUGAUUUAUUUUUGUGGGUGCACUACUAUGCUGCUCUUGGACCAGUUCACGCUGAUAAUCUCACGGGCACAGUCAUGGACUUUGCGCAUGAGGGGCAAGGCUUUCUUACAUGGCAUCGGUUAUACCUGCUGGCGAUAGAGAGAACAAUUCAAGAAGUGACUGAAGACGAGGAAUUUGCCAUACCAUACUGGGAUUGGACCGUUAAUGAAGACAAGUGCGAAAUUUGCACUGAAGACCUGCUUGGAGUGACGGAAGGAGACGGCACUGUGAAAGGGAAAUAUUUCAACAAUUGGAGCACAAUAUGUACUUAUGAAGACACGCUCAUGACUCAAAUGUGUGACCCUGCGACUAAAAAUCCUGUUUUAGAGCGUUUGAAAGAGAGCGACAAAAAGAAGAUGAAAGAAAACGGAUACCACAUGACUUUUCCGUCCAAAAAGGAUGUAAACUUUGCUCUUCGUUUUGACACGUUCGAUCUUCCGCCCUACAGCGCAGAUUCAAGCUGCAAUUUUAGAAACCUCCUUGAGGGUUUCAUCAACACUACUACCGGUUAUCGACUGCCAAAUGUUCAUUCUCUUCAUAAUCGAGUGCACUUGGUGAUUGGAGGUGCAAUGAGUAGCUCUGUAUCAGCGUCUAAUGACCCCAUCUUCUUUCUUCACCACUCUUCUGUUGAUCGGGUUUUAGAGAAGUGGCUUCGUAAGUACAACAAGAAUGCUUCUGUUCUUUCGUCAUACGACGCUCCCAUUGGUCACAACAGAGGUGAUGUCAUUGUGCCACUCUUUCCUGUGUACACUCAUGAAAACAUUUUCAAGAAGUCGUUUGAGUUUGGUUACGACUAUGAGGAUGUUGACGAAGAGGGUAUGUGUUUCCAUAUUCCGUUUUCCUGA